GGUGCGCGUCAGUACAUGAAAGCGAUUACUAAAUCAGUGUCUUUUGCUUCCCAUCACAGAACAUACUUGUUUAGUGCAGUAGUUACAGAAGAUCCCCCAGGAAAAUGUCAACGUCGGAUUUAUCAAAUCACAGGGAAUUCUGGUGUUAUUAAGUCCCCUGGUUACCCGAAGAGCUACAAUCCUCUUCAAACCUGCAUAUGGCGUAUUAUUGUAAAGAAGGGCUACAGGAUCCAUCUUUAUUUUGAUCCACAUUUUGAUGUAACCAGGACAAAAGCAUGCCGGGAAGAGUAUGUAAUGGUCAGCACUCGACGCCAGAGAUUUACCUACUUCAACGUUGUUAGGACUAGUAAGGACUCCGUGGUGUUUUGUGGAGACCAGAAACCAAGCAACGUCACAUCCCCUGGAAAUGAAAUGUGGGUACGCUUUAAGUCAAGAUAUGGUGGCCGAAGAGGUUUCAAAGCUUGGUUUGGAGCAGAAGACAUAGACGAGUGCUCGGAAUUUGCGAAAGGAGGCUGUCAUCAUGACUGUUUGAACACCCCAGGAAGCUUCAGAUGUACCUGCAGAUUGGGAUACCAUCUUUCACCAGAUAGAAAAAGAUGCGUUGAGGACAUUGUGAUUUCCUUCUCAAAGAGGCGUUACAACGCAUCAGUAGAAGCAACAGCCCCACCCGGUACAUCCAUUAUUACAGUGCAUGCCAACACUGGAAACUCCAAACGAUCGCUUCGUUACUACAUCAUCUCUGUGAACGGCAAACGCGUCAGAGCCAAAACCCGCACACGGUUUGACAUGGAUCCAGAGAUCGGUACUAUUUCCAUUCGCCGUAAACUCAAGAUAAACGCCGUUUAUCGCCUCAGAGUUAAGGCACGUUAUAGAAACGUAUCGUCCAGUUAUGCCAUGGUCAUAGUCAGAGCAACUUCUCCCCUAAAGAAACCCCGCCUUAGCGCUGACGAGGGGUUGAAAUUCCCCAGUCCAAUAUAUUCAGUCAUUAUUCCUUACACCAUGAUCGUUGGACAGACUAUAUUGCACCUAAGAGCUGAGAAAAGCGAGGGCCUAACAAAUUCUUCCAUACGGUACAGAGUUCAGUCUGUCGAUCCGUUCAAUCGUAGCCCUUUCUUCAGUCUUAACCCCAUCAAAGGUUCCCUCAAGAUCGACAGGGAUCUGACAGACCUCAUAUCUGGUGAGAAACCAGCCAACUUUGUGCUUCAGGUCAUUGCCAGGGCUCAAGAGAAUCCAAACGUAUUUGCGUCUACGCAGGUGUCAAUUGUUAUAGUUCCAGAGUAUGCUGGUAAUAACUAUGUCAAGUCUUCUAUGGAGGCUGUUAAUAAUAGGUCUUUUAUCGUGCUGAGCUCUGACCGUUUGCGAUCUCACAAGAACGCCUCCUUUUACAACAAAAAGAAAUCUUCGAGAGGUCGAACAGAAUUCUCUCUACAUCGUCUGUUUCGGCGACCAUCCCUUGAAGCUCAAAGAAUUUCCAACGCAGACUUAAAGUUCAACAAAAUAAUCAGGGAAAUUAAGCGUGAAGUGGCAGAUGACCUGAUUGUAGAUGAACGUGCACGAUCAGGUGUGGUAUCGGUGAGACUAGGCCCAAGCACCGUUGCCUCAGCCAACAGAUUGUCCGACAUCAUCGAAGAACUAAACUGCUCCAUGCCUACAGCCGAUUGCUCCGACACUGAGUACCAUUCACGCUACCGAACCUUUGAUGGUACCUGCAACAACCUUGAUAACCCUCUUUGGGGCGCAGCAACCACACCAUACACUCGGAUGUUAGACCCAAUUUAUUAUGAUGUAAAUGGCUUAUCAGAUCCCGCAGGAUUUCCAGAUCAGCCGUAUGCACCUGAGCUUCCUUCGCCACACCGUGUGAGUAAAGAAUUCAUCAUUCACGUAACCGAGGCUAGUGGAAACAAAAACCGAUAUUCGCACAUGAUGAUGCAAUGGGGACAGUUUUUGGACCAUGAUCUCUCCUUUACAGCAGAAAGCGAAGGUGCAGAAAAAUGCUUCUUACCAAACUGUGAUCGAUCACCAGGGGAUUACGAGCCACCGUGCUUUCCCAUCAUGUACGCAGAUGGCUCCGGAUGUACCAUGUUCACAAGAUCAGCGGCUGCUUGCCAAACUGAUAACGAAAACGUAACGCCCCGUGAGCAGCUCAAUACUAUCACUUCAUUUAUCGAUGGAUCGCAGAUAUAUGGUUCCAGCAUUGAGUUAGCAGAGAAUCUUAGGGAUUUUGACUCUAAAAAAGGCCAUUUGAAAAUAACGCGACCGAGGUACCUGCUACCAUUUGUAAAAUCGCCUUUCAACCCUCCCUUGAAUCUUUGUCAGUUGUUCGGUGGCUGUUAUGACGCAGGUGACUUUAGAGUCAAUGAGCAGAUCGCCCUCGUCGCAAUGCACACCUUAUGGGUUAGAGAGCACAACAGGAUAGCCGACAUUCUCUUUGAAAUCAACAAACACUGGAACGCAGAGAGAAUUUUCCAUGAGGCAAGAAAAAUUAUUGGAGCCAUUCUUCAACAUAUCACAUAUAGCCAUUAUUUACCCAAAAUACUCGGAGCUGACUUUUUGCCUCCAUAUCAUGGAUACACUAACGUACAUCCUGGAAUCCUAAACGUGUUUGCCACUUCAGCAUUUCGAUUCGGUCAUAGUAUGGUGAGACCCAAAUUUGCUAUGCUCGAUGCAAACUAUGAUCCGGUUGCUCCCGAUGUGCCACUCAUAAAAGCGUUUUUUAACAACAAAUUGAUUCAAAGAGAGGGUAUCGAGCCAGUGCUUUUAGGACUUCUUGCCAAUGAAUCGCAAAGCACAAGCCGUGAAAUAGCCGCGGGACUGACGAAACACCUUUUCCAACAACCGGAAUCAGAACAUGGGUUUGACUUAGCAGCGCUGAAUAUCCAAAGAGGCCGCGACCACGGUCUUCCAGGUUACGGGGCAUGGAGACGCGAGUGCAAUCUCUCACACGCAGAUAUCUUUCAGGAGACUACUUACGAGAUUAAGAACGCUACGUCACGACAGAUAUUACAUGAUUUAUAUGAAGAUGUAGAGUACGCUGACCUGUGGGUGGCAGGGUUGGCAGAGGAUCCGCUACCUGAGGCCAUGGUUGGUCCUACUUUGCACUGUAUUCUGAAAGAGCAAUUUCGACGUUUGCGUGAUGGGGAUCGGUUUUGGUAUGAAAACGGUGUUUUCACAGUUGAGCAGCUUGAUGAGAUAGGAAAGACUUCACUGUCAAGAGUACUGUGUGAUAACAUUUAUGGUAUUGUUUCCGUUCAAAAAGAUUCGUUCAUUGCCGCCAAGGACGAAUUAAAACGAGUUGAGUGUACUCAGAUCCCUAGUAUGGACCUAACGAAAUGGAGAGAAAAUCAGCCCUCAGUUCCUGAACCACUUGGAACAUGGUCUGAAUGGGUAUACACUGUAAGGAAACCUACUGGAAGCUGGGCUGUUUCCAUAGCUGACGACAUUUGUCCAAGUUCCAUGAUGGAUAUUGAAUGUCAGCUUGCAGAUGGCUCGCCAACCCAAUCAUCAGGUCAAGUGAUUCAUUGUAAAGAGCGCGUUGGGGUAUAUUGCCGAAACAGAGAGCAAGCAGGAGACAAGAAUGUUUGCAUGGAUUAUCGCUUUCGCUUCUUGUGUUCCAGCAUAGAGAAACCUGUUUCCCAGGGAUUGAGAUCUUUAACGACGACGCUUACUCUUUCAAAACCCGACACUCAGUGCAACACAGGGCGAUAUCCAAGCGAUUUUCCUUUAUCAUUUGAUACCGUUCAGCACAUCACUAUUGCACACGCUUACACCAAUGAGCCAAAUAGUGAGUACAUGUUCGCAGGUAAGGAUAAAGGGCAGCCGAAGAAACGCUUUUUAAUCUCUUUCGACGUAAAGAAGAUCACAAGGCGAGCAAUCGUACAUUCUGCUAAGUUGUACCUUUACCUCCUGAAAUUUGGGGCUGGUUCUGAAGGUGAUGAGACAGCCAGGUCUCCCUCGAAUUCUCUUGAACUCUAUCAGAUCAUAAGCACCGACUGGCAUGCGGAGAACACAACCAGUGUAAUACCGUGGCAUCAGGACUAUCUGGGAAUUGGAAAAGACGUGACAAAGAAAAGGCUGACACAAAGCAAAAGCCUGCAACCUGGAGAAGGUCAGCGAUGGAUUGAACUCGAUAUUCAACAUGCUGUGAGAAAUUGGCAGAUCAGAAAUCAGCCAAAUUAUGGACUUUUGCUGAAGGUCAGAAAAGAAUCGAAUGCAGAUGCAUUGAUGAAGUUUGCUUCCAGAGAUCAUCCACUAUUAGAUUUACACCCAAAGCUGGUUGUCUGCCUCACCAUCCCUCCCUGGUAGAUGAGUAAUAGACUUCUUGAUGGUUCCGAUGGACAUGACUAGUAAUGAGUUAAUCACUUAAGCUUAGGGAAACAACCUGACCAAGGAACUUUACGAUGCAUACAAUUUUACGAUAUAACGCGGAUCGCAAAGCUAGUAGUGCGAUAUUUAAAUUGGAAUUCAAUAGUUAGGUUGUUAAUUUCCUUGCAUUGCUUAAAUGUUGUAAUAAAAUAAAGAAAAAGCUUUUUCCAACAAAUUUUAUUCCUUCGGCGCCUUAAAAACCAUUCAAAUUGACUGUAGGAACAUUUAAACGUGUAAUGUAUGUGAAAGAAGCUAAAAGUUUAAUCAGAUCUUUUUCAGUGAAACAGCUCGCGAGGGCAAGCUCCAUCAAUCAAGUAGUGUUUGGUCACUUCAUAUUUUCUAUAUUUUAUUAAGAAAUGUCUGUGUUCUAUUAACGCGUGCUUUUGAGUGGCUGCUGCCAAGACUUUCAAAAAUCUUCGACCAGCUUGCUUUACGUAUUUCAUUGUUUUUUCCUUUAGUACGGGUUACGCAGUUUUAUCAGUGACAAAAGUCACCGUGCAAGCUGUAAAUGGUAGCAUUUUUUGUUUGUUUUCGGAGAACUUUCCUAGUUUAAGUCCUUGCUGAAGGAUGCUGCUUAGUUUAUUUUUGAAAUAAAAAUUUACGUGAUGCUUCUUCCACCGAAAAUUGUAAAUGCAGAUGUCUCGUGUUUCUCACCGUCAUUUCCUGUUAAGUCUGGACUUUGUUUGGCGCGUUACCAGCGUUGUAUGAUAAGUCAGCCCUAAUUCCACCAUAAAUAACUCGCCUCAGUGGCCAAUCAUAUUGCAAGAGUUCUCUAUGUUAUUAAACCUCAUUUUAAAUUGUGGAA